CUGUUUGCGGAGAUCUUCAAAUCUCCGCAAAAAGCCUCUCGGGAAACUUGUGCGAACAGACACUCAGCAGAAAUGAACUCCAGCCCACCUGCAGGAAGCGCCCUGGCCCCCGGCGGAGCCACCGGCCCAACAACACCCAAGAAGGGACCACCCAAGUUCAAGCAGAGGCAGACUCGUACAUUCAAGAGCAAAGCCCCCAAGCCAGGCCAGAAGGGAUUCGGUGACGACAUCCCCGGCAUGGAGGGUCUCGGCACAGACAUCACAGUGGUGUGCCCAUGGGAAGCCUUUGGCGACAUGGAGCUCAGCGACCUGGCCAAAUACGGCAUCAUCUAA